AUGCAAUCGCGUCAGUUAUUUUCGUUAAUCGACUUCUAUCGAAGCCGCAACAUAACAGUUUUUCUUGUCCUCUGCCAUCUGCCUAGCGUGCAGAACUUGAUUAACACAUUAUCAACUCAAAUGGCGUCCAGACGUGCAUCCAAGCCCAACCCCUCUAAUUGUAUGGCCAUAGUCGCUAAACCUUCAACCACUGACCUCUCAGUCAAUGAGUUGCAUCCUCUUCCCGUCUCUCAGGAAACAAGACCUCUCCAUUCAAUUGGCCGUUCCUCAUUGAAGUCCUUCCUUCGGUCAUCUUCGGCCUCAAGAUCUCCGAAUUUGAGUCCAAAGGCCCGGCGUCGGUCUUGCAUUGUUCCCACGCUGGAGUCUCCAAAUCCACCCUACUUCAAAGAGUUCGUCUUCCUCUCCAUCCACGACGCAGUACUUGCUGCUAAACACCAUCAAAAUGUAUCAAAUUCCAACGACUCCGUUAUCUGCUAG